AUGUCUGAAGACCAGAAUCAAAACAAGGAGCUUCUGUCUGAAGCAACUGCUCAACCUGAACUGGCAUUGAUCAGCGAGGCUGGUCAGAUAAAUACUGAACAAUCUGACAGCCAAAUCCAGCAGCAGCAACAACAACAACCACAACAAAAACAAGAAGAAGAGCAACAACAACAACAACAACAACAACAACAACAACAACCACAACCACAACCAGAAGUAGAGCAACAACAAGAGGAAGAGGAAGUGCAAGAAGGGUUGCAUGUGUCUUCUCUUGCCAACAGUGAAAUGAAAGAAAUUUCCAUCAAUCAUGAUGUUUCUGUUGAUAUUGAUAAUACUUCUGAGGAAGUAGAAGUUAUGCCACUUUCAAUAACAGUGCAGCAAAUAUCGUCAUUCUUAGACUUACCGAUUGAAGAAGUAUCCAAAUUAGAUAAAAAAAUUGUGGACGCGCUUUCUUUGAAACUUGUAACAUUUGAAACAUUACAGUCUGAGAAAACUCUUUUAAGUGCUCAAUGUAAUCAAUCGGGAAGGGGUUUUCAAAAGAAGAUUGAGAACUUGGUCAACAACAACAAUGAUUUGGCUUCUCUUAAUGAUAAAUUGAAAAAUGACAAUAAUGACUUGGAUAACUCAAAUAAUCAAUUGAAUAAAAAAGUCAUUGAUUUAAACUUUGAAAUAUCCAAGUUGAAAAAUGAUGUUUCCAGUUUGAACUCCUCAAUAAAUAAUAAUACUGAAUCAUCGAAGGCGAAGUUGCAUAUUCUAACUAAAAUCAACGAAGACAAUUCUUUAUUAAAGUCGGAUAUUAAUGAGUUGAGGGAAACCAACGUUCAGCUAAGAUCACAAUUGAUUUCUAAUGAAAAUACAAUUCAAAACUUGAAGAUUGAGAACGGCAAUUUGGUUUUGAAAAGUGAGGAAGCUGUCAACAAAUCAGUGUUAUUGGAAAAGAAUUUGGAAUGGUACAAAAGUGAAUUGGAAGGAAGGAUUCAAGAAUUGAGAAAACACAAAUCUAGUUCUCUGGCCCAAAUUGUGAAGUACCAGUCAAAGUAUGAUGAAACAAAGAGUGAAAUUGAUUUGUUGAAAUCUCAUUUGGAGUCACUUAAGGAAAAUAACUCCUCAAUACAAAAGAAGUAUGAACAAGCAGUGUUCAAGUUUGAUGAGGUUAAUAAUCAAAUGAACAUCGAUUCAGAGAACUUUUUUAAUGAAAUAAAUUCUAAGGACAAAUUGAUCGAGUUGCUAAAGAACUCAAACGAGGCGCUUAAAGAAAGAAUUGAAGGCUUAAAUGAGGAACACGAGAAAGAAUCAACAUUGCUAGCGCAAAAGGUGUCUAGUCUUCAAGAGAAGCUUAAGUCACAAACUAAACUCCUUGACGUCAAAGAAUCAAAGAUUCAUGAACUUGAAAAUACUUUGGAUGAAUUGACUAAUGAUGGUAAUGCUGACGCAGACGGCCACUCUCUUAGCCUCAACCUUUCCGCAAAACAAUUGGCUACGAAAGUAAAAGGGUUAUCAUUAUCUGAAUUAUAUUCCGAGUAUUCUCUUCUUAAGAAGAAGUUAGUUGCUGAAAGAAGGUUGAAAGAAAUGAUGCAACAACAAAUUGACAAUUUUGUCGUUGAAUUAGAGCAGAAAAUCCCAUUAGUUGAGGCUACCAAGAACAAGAAUAGAUUUUUAGAAAAUGAAUUGGUUUCUGUGUCGAGAAUCUUGGAAGAUGAAUCUUAUAACAGAAAACAAUUAAAUAAGAAAGUUGAAAACCUUCAGCAAGAAAAGAAUAAAUUGAACUUGACGAUCUCAUCAUUGUUGAAAAUUAAAUUUGAUUUAUCUAAACAAGUCCAAUAUUUGCUUAUUCAAUUAACCUUGGCAAAUGAUAACGUUGCUGAACCGCUCACAGAUUAUGAGAGAGCUGAAGUUGAAAGAAUCUUGAAUGAUAAUCGUGUAUCUGAAAAGUACCUUCAGCAAAUUCAACAUGAAGUUCAACAGAGUACUGGCUCAAUGAUAGAAUCAGAUACAGACCAGUUGAUUUCUUCGAGAUUAAUAACUUUCAAAAAUAUCCAUGAACUACAAAUCAAAAAUACUGAAUUGAUCAAUGUUGUUAGAACUUUGGGCAGCAAGUUGGAAUCUGAAGAAUUACAAAAGCAAAGACAUUUGACAGAAGUUGAGAGUUCCACUAUUGAAGAGGCCAAAGAAGCUAUUAAGACUCUUCAGGAAGAUGUUAAUUUAUUAGAAUUAAGAUUGAGUUCCUCUGAACAUGAAAAGAAUCUUUAUAAGAAUAUGGUAGCCGAUAAACAGCCAAAUAGUAGUGCUCUAUUGUUAGAAAAUGGUGAAAUAAACCACGCAGUCAUAAAUAAUGAUUCUGAAUUGAUUCAAACUAACAAAAGACUCGAAAAGGAGAAUCAAUCAUUGGAGAAUGAAUUGAUUACCGUCAAGACAGAAACUAAGAAAAUCAUUGAAGACCUAAACCUCAAGAUUGAAAACUUUAGAUCAGAGAAAUACGCAUUGUUGGUUGAAGUAUCUCAGUUGAAGUCAUCAGAAACUAUUUUACAAUACCGUUACAAAAAUGUCUCUGAUGAUCUCGAGUACAAAUCUCAAGAGGUUGAAAAAUUGAAAAAUUUGAACAAACAAUUGACUGAUACUUUGAAUAAACAGGAUUCCAGAACUUCACAAUUUGCAAAUGAUUUAUUUGCUGUUAGAGCAGAAUUGGACAUCUCAAAGAAUGAGGUUCGUAACUUGACUACUGAGAAAUUGUUGAUUGAGUCUGUCAAGGAUAGAGUUGUCAAAGAGAGUGAAGAAAUGAAAUUGGAGAAGCAGAAUUUGAACAAGUUCAUUGAAAAAUUGCAGCAAAUUAAUCUCGGCAGAGAAACUGAUUUCAAGAUAACCAAUGAAAGAUUGUUAGAACAGGUUAGAAAGUAUGAAGAACAGUUACAAACAAAUAUUGAUAAGAUUGGUAAACUUGAAGAACAAAUCAAACACAGUGAGUUGAACCAACGCAAGGAGACUAAAUCAUACCAAGAAAGGAUUGAUAGUUUGAAUGCGCAAUUAUUUAAAACCAAGGAUUCAUUGAAUGUUAAGGAUGCUGAAUCGGAAGUCUACAAGAACAAGGUCGACUUAUUGGAGAAGCAAAUUAUCUCAUCAAAGACGUACAUCGAUACUAUUUCUAAAUCUCGUGUUGUUGGACAAGAUAAGGAAGAUAUAUCUGAAGAAGAUAAUUUGAAGGAACAGAUCAAUGAAUUGCAAAAAGAAUUGGCUGAUGCCAAGGAAGAUUUCUUGAGUGCUAAUAAUGAUAUUGAGCAUUUCAAGACUAUUGCAAAUGCUGCUGAAAAGUCCCUUGCUAGCUUGAAUCAAACUUUUGCAGACUACAAGAAGCAAUCUGAGGCAGCUGUUAGUGAUUACAAAACUAAUAUUGAGGAGUUGGGUCAACAAAUCGAAAAAUUAAAUGGUGAGAAGAGUGUUUUGGAAAGCAAGUUGAAAGAUUACGAAAAUUCUCAAACACAAUUGAAACACAUCAUAUCAACUUUGGAAUCUAAAGUUAAAACCACAGAUAAAAUCAAGAGUGAAUUUGAUGUUAAAAUUGAUGAAGUUAAGAAAGACUUGUGUAGACAUGUUAAGUUGGAAAAUGAGCAAAAGGCAAACUAUCAAAACGAGUUAACCAAACAUGCAGAAACUAUCAGAAUAAACCAACAGUUGAAGAAAGAAAACGAAGCCUUUGCAGUUAACGUCAAGCAGCUUGACAUGAAAAUGUCAGCUAUUAAUAAGUCUUUUAGUGACAGCAAAAUUAGUUGGGAAGCUCAAAAGAAUGAUUUGAAUGAACAAAUUGCUUUAUUGAAUGUUAAAGUAGAAGAGUACAUUGAUCAAAACAAAUUUUUGCAUAACCAAUUGGAAAAUACUACGAAGGAGAAAAUUGCUUUAAAUAGUGAUGAUAUAAUUGAUGAUGAUGGCGCUGGCGAAUUCCAGAAAAUUAUUGCCUUCCUCAGAAAGGAAAGGGAUUUGCUAUCUCUUGAAUUGGAAUCUAAAAAUCAAGAAAAUGAUAGAGUUAUCAUAGAGUUGAAUAAAUCCAAAGAUCAGUUGGAGGCAUUGAAAUUGGAAUUGAACAAUUUGACAGUAUCCAACAAUAAUGUGGACACUAUCAAAAAGGAAAACGCCGAAUUGUCUAAGAAGUUGAAUGAUUUAAACAUCUUGCGUGAGAGUAAUUCAGUUUUGAGAAAUGAAAUCUCUAUGAAGGAUAGUCAAAUCAGUGAAUUAGAAAACACCAAGAACUUAUUGACGGCUGAGAAGGUGCCAAUGAGUGAUGCUCUUGUUAGAUUGAAAAAUGAAGCUGCAAUGAAAGAUCAAGAAAUUCAAUCGCUAAGUAAAGAAUGUGCCGAAUGGAAAUUGAGAUUAGAUGGAAUUUUGAGCAAAUUUGAUAGGAUUGAUCCAAAUGAAUACGAAACUUUAAAAAAAGAAAAUGAAAACUUGAAAGGUGAAAUGGAAAAGGCAAACGACUCCAAGGUUUCAUUAAGAAAUAAAUUCAACACUGCUCUUAAAGCAAGAUAUCAGGAAAUUAAGGAUUUGAAGGCUUCUAAUGAGAAUUUGGAGAGUGAUUUGAAAAAUAAGGCCACCGAAUUUAGUAUGAAGGUUAACGAACUAAAUGCUAAGAUUGCUACCCUUGAAAAGCAAAAGAAAGAGUUGAUUGACCGUGCUACGAACAGUAAUAACAGAUCAACCAGUAAUAAUAAGGCAAUGAGAGAAUUGAGCCUUAAAGUAACUGAAAUGGGUAAAGAAUUGGAAUUGUCAAAGAGCACAAUCGGUGGCUUAAAUGUCAAGAUCACGGACUUGACUAAAGAGCUAGAAUUUUCAAAGGCCUCAGUUAAUAGCUUAAAUGCUGAAAAUAUUGAAUUUGACAAAGUUAUCAAUGAUUUGAGAAACGAAAAGUCUCGAAUGGAAAAAUACCACGCCGAAGUUUUGGCUAGAUUACAAGAGGAUAUAAAAGCUAAAGAGGCAAAAAUCGAGAGUUUGUUUACUAAAAUGAAAGAAGGAUCAGCUGGCGUUGACAUUCCAAUUUCCGUUGAUAAAAGUGAGGAAUUGAAGAGGAUGCAAGAUGCUUUUGAAAAAGAAAAGCAAGAGCUUACUGUCAAUUUAACUAAGAGUAAAAUUGAGGAGAUUGCAAAAUUAAGAGAAGAACUUGAUAGACUAAAGUCAUCUGAAACCAAAAUUGAUGGUGGAAGCCUUGAUAUCGAACAAGCGAAAAAGAUAUGGAUUCAAGAACAAGAACCGAUAAUCAUGCAACGAAUCGAAACAGCAAAAGAUGAGUUACGUGAUAGAAUUGAGCGUCCAACCAAGGAAGUUGUUGAAAAACAAGUUAACGCUAAGGUGGAGGAAUUCAAGCGGAAGCACUCUGAAGCUAAGCUUUUACUUGAGAAACAAAUGAGGGAAUCAUUUGACAAGAAAAUUAAGGAUUUGGAAAAGAAGCACAAUGACGAUGUGGCAACGAUUACUAAUGAGUAUCAAAAAAAAUUGAAAGAAGCAAACACAAAUAAAUCUCAGGCUACUCCGGAAGAAUUAAAGAAGAUGAAAGAAUUCUUCGAACAAAAAAAGAAGGAAGAAAUCAAUGAAAUAAACAACAAGCAUCAAAUUGAAUUGAGUAAAAAGUUUGAUUUGGGCCAAAAAUCUGCUGCUAUCAAGACGAGAAUGAUGGAAACUAAGCUUAAGAAGAUGGAAGAAACCCUUAAAAAGUAUACAAGUGGAGGUGAUCCCAACAAUAUUGAUGUUAGCCCACUAAAGGAGGUAAGGCCUAAAAAUCCAUCACCAAAUAAUAUUGAAUCUUUGACCAAGAAUACUAGUAGGCCUCCUAUCGAUUUGCCAUCUAUCCCAACUAAAUCCCCCUUGAAGCCCGCUGUUUCUAAAAUUAAUAUUGACAAUACUAAUGCUUCUAACAAUACCAUUCAGGCAUCAUUACCAAGUAUUGUAUCUAGUCAAUUAAAUGACAAGAAAAGGGCAGCCGAAGAAACUGUGGAAAUGUUCAAUGAAGAGAAGAAGCCAAAAACAGAGUGA